AUGCCUGCCCCAGUUGCGUACUAUAACGUCCAAGUCGUCCAAUUCUGGCGAGGGCAGUCAGAGCCCCUGCAGCCCUAUCCACUUCACUGGGUGAUCUAUAUCCCAACCGGUCCUGGUAUCGGGAACACGUACCACGUACUAGGAAACACGGAUACAUACACCAUGGAAUUCAGAUGCAACCAACCAUAUCCAAACCCAGAUGCAUGGCGCGGGAGCUUUACCAUCGGAAAAGUGGCUGCGCAUCAGCUGACCCUAUUGGAGCGGCAUCUCGCAAGCAUUCCUAUCACGCGUCACGAUCCCAGAUGGAACUGCCAGAGCUGGGUGUGGGAGGGUCUCAGGCAUCUUCGACACCAAGGUUUUAAUAUUAGCUGGGAGACUAGGCUUUCAGAUCUUCAAACGCAGAUGUACUGCUUGUUGGAGGAUUGGGAAUAUGGCCGAAUUUAG